AUGCUAUCAACAGAAAAAUAUGAGUUUGAUCCAUCUUAUCGUGGGCAAACAGGUUCUAACAUUGGCGUUUCGACCAUUGGUUUUCGAUCAAAUAAAUACAAUAUUCCAGAAUGGCAUGAUAAUAAUUAUUCAAAAUACUAUCAAACAUUCACAGAUCGUGAUACAUCCGAAAAAGCAAGAUGGGAAGCAACUCGAACAGAACAUGAAACAGUUGCAUUGACAAAUCAAACUCAAGCCAUAUCAACAAAAAAAUUACAACAACGUUUACAUGAUAUUAAUUUUUGGAAAUUUGAGUUAAACCGAAUGAUUGAAGAUGUUCGAAACGAAACUGAUCUAUUGAUAGCGCAAAAAAAACGUUUAACAAAUUCGUUAGACGCCACAGAAGCACCACUUCAUAUUGCUAGUGAAUGUUUAGCAAAUCGAAAUCGACGAUACGGAGAAGACCGUGUCUAUGAUCCCGUUGAAGUUGCUCUAUUAAAAGAAGUUGAAGUCAUCAAUAAUGUACAAAAUUUACUUCGUCAAACAAUAAUGACUGCUGAACAACAAAUUAGGUCCGUAGCGAAUCGUAAUGCUAAACAAAAUCUUGAAAUGGAUUGGAGUAAUAAAUAUGAAGCCUCAGUUGCUGAUGCAAAAGCCACUAAUCGUCGUAAUGAAGAUGUCGACAUUAUGUAUUAUCCUGGGGUAGCUAGACACUAUGAUAAUCAAUCGACGCCAGAAUCAUGGGCACAAAACUCUCACGAUAAUAUUGUGAAUGCUCAAAAUCAACUUAUGGCAUCAAUUCAAUUACGAGCAUUGAUCGAUAGUGUACUAGCUGAUAUUUCAAGAGAUAUGCGCGAACAAGCAGAUAUUAUUGAGACAGAAUUUGCACGUCGAAUUGCAGAAAUGAGUGAUGCUAUGCAAAAAAUGACAUACAAUAUGAGAGAGACUCUAAAAGCAAUUGCCCAAGUAGAAAAAAAAAUUGACGAAUUAAGCGCAUCCAUACGUUCCAAAGAAGCUCCUUUAAAAGUGGCACAAACUCGAUUGAAUGAUCGUCGUGCCCGUCCCGGUAUUGAGAGUUGCCAUGAUCCUGCUCAAGACCAUUUGGUUGGUGAAGUAUUACAAAUGUCACAAUCUGUCGAUGCUUUAACGGGUCAAUUACGUGAAGCUGAAAGCAAUUUAAAAAAAUUACGUGAUGAUCAUCAAAUAUUAGUGAAAGAAAUUGAAAUGAAAAAGAAUAGUCUAUAUAUAGAUCAACAAAAAUCAAUGUCAAUACGAAUGAGAUAUCCGAGCGUACAACGGCUGAUGGGUUAUAAUGCAUAG